AGGGUUUAAGAUGUUAGGUCAUUUAGGUGGAAUACACGGUUUUCAAUCAGACUUCAGAUUCUUCCAAAGGGAACAAUCUGGUGUAUUCCUAGUCUUGAAUGGCCAAGGUUAUUAUAAUGGUGGGACAGCAACGUCGAUGAUAAGAAUGUAUGUAUCGGAUAUUCUACUUGGCCUUGACCCCUGGCUUAACAAAACGACAGCUUGUACAUUUCCUGAACCUUGGGCUCCUGGCACGCCUUCAGUAAAUCCCGUACUGCCAGUAUACAACGACAGGGCCCCGAGACCUUUAGUUGACUAUGAAGGCACCUAUGGACAUCUUGCAUUCGGGAAUGUGACAUUUACAUUAAAUGCUACCAUCAAUAAACUUUAUAUGAGAUAUGGACCUUUCUUUGAAGGUCAUUGUUCUUAUGAUGCAACUCAGGGUGUGUUUAUGAUGUCAUAUGAAGGUAUUUAUCAAUACCAAAAUGAUUAUUUCCCUGCUAGAUUUGCUCCGAACAAUUCAACUGGAAAUAUUGAUACUGUGUAUUUGAAGAUUGAUGAUUUAAAUCCAGAAGCGUUUAUCCGUGGCUUAAAGCUUGCUGAUGUCCCAGCUGAUAUCGUACCGACACAGGACCCUGCUUGCCCUACACCUGAUCUAAGUGGCUCGGCAACUAAUUUUGCGAGAAAGAACAUUAUUGAAUUACUUACGAUGACUUUCAUCCUACACAUGAUCAUUUCAAAGGGGUAUAAUAUAAGGCUUGAAAGCUGAGAGUGUCGACUUUAAGAAUCUGACCUCCAUACUAUUUUUUGGUGAUUUGAUAUUAACCCUUUUAUCCCAAAUGAGUGAAAUGAAGAAAUCAAAUCGGAAAAUGACAAUCGGUUUAUAUUUUCAAUCUAAAAAAAUUCUGACACAUUUUGGUUCAAUCACUUAAAUAUUCGGCAAAGUAUAAUUUGACAUUGAACUAGUUAUUAUUCUGGCCAUGGGGUAUUUGUCAUUUUGAAAACGAUUUUAAUAAAAUUAAUAAAUGACUCCUUAGGGAUAAAAGGUGAAUAUUUCGAACGGAGGUCUGAUUCCUAAAACAGACAGACAAGCUUUCCAACGGUGUAUUGGAACCUUUGAGCAAAAGAGUUUUAAUUGAACCUAGUUUGUACUAUUUAUAUAUAAAAAAUGAUAGUUAAGAGUGUACCUUUACUUUAAUUCAGAAUGCAAAAUUAUGAUUGUUUAUGAAAAAUAUAUAAAUAUUAAAUGGGGCAUUAUGUUCACCAAC